AUGGAGGAACAAAAUCAAACUGCCUUGACCGAGUUCAUCAUACUUGGCUUUAGAAAUCUGCAGGAGAUCCACCUUUUGCUCUUCAGUGGGUUCUUCACCAUUUAUCUCUUCACUGUGGUGUGGAAUACCUUCAUUGUCUUAAUGAUGCUGGUGGACCAGAAGCUCCAAACCCCCAUGUAUUUCUUUCUUGGGAACCUCUCAUUUCUGGACAUUUGCUAUACUAGCACCACUAUCCCCCAGAUGCUGGCUCAUUUACUCUCAGAGAAAAACAGCAUUUCCUUUUUGGGUUGUGCAUUUCAGGCAUAUUUCUUUUUUUCUUUUGUGGGCAUUGAGUGCCUCCUUCUUGCAGUUAUGGCCUUUGACCGCUAUGUUGCCAUUUGCAAUCCUCUACGCUACACACUGAUUAUUAGCAAAGCAUUUUGUCUGCAACUGGCCACGGCCUGCUGGGCCGGUGGCUUACUUAACUCAGUGGUACAUACCACUUUUGCCUUCCAGUUACCAUUUUGUGGCAACAACCACCUGGAUGCCUUCUAUUGUGAUAUUGCUCCACUGCUGAGAUCAUCAUGUGGAGACACUUCUCUCAACCAAGUUCUCUUGCUCUCCAUUGGCCUUUUCAUAGCCUGGACCCCUUUAGCAUGCAUCCUUCUGUCAUAUGGUUAUAUCAUUUCAACUAUCUUAAGGAUGCACUCUUCAGAAGGGAGACAAAAAGCUUUUUCCACCUGUUCCUCCCAUCUCACAGUGGUCCUUUUGUACUAUGGAAGUGCUCUUUUCACCUACUCAAGUUCAAAUAACAGUCAUUCUUCAAAUCAGGCUAAGCUCAUUCCAGUAAUAUAUAGUAUUUUAACCCCACUUUUAAAUCCCAUCAUAUAUACCUUACGCAAUAAAGAUGUAAAAGAUGCCUGGAGAACAGUUGGUAAAAAAUACAUGCAGCCAAUUCUUGCACAGCUAGCCUAUUCAAUUUUUUAUCACAUAACUAGUGGUAGCACUGGUCAGAAGGAAGAAAAUAGUUCUGAGAUCUCUGGUUGUACCCCUGAACAAAGCUACAGAAUCCAAAGAAUAAUUGAAAUGAAACCUGAAAAUGCAUAUUCUACGACAGCUCAAGUACUGGACAAUGUAAGCUGUGGCUUACAUUUCUGUUGUGCUUAUCACUAUAUAGGUGGAGUCUGGUGA